AUGAACUUUUUGAAUGCUCCGGCCAUAUUAGUUAGGAAAUAUUUGCGGAUGCGAUUGAAGCCGAUGGUGAAAGUUCUACGGCAAGGUCAAGGCGUAAAGUUGUUAACCGCAACCAUUGGGAAGCUGGAGAAAGAUUGUUUCGUGACUACUUUUCUGAUGAACCAAAAUUCGAUCAUGAGUUUUUCGAGGAUAGCUAUCGAAGGUUACGAUGGUAGGAUGAAAAAGAGUUUUACCGCGAUACAAAAAUGUACGUCCACCAUUCGGCAGCUUGCAACUGGUAACCCACCGGAUGAGUAUGAUGAGUACUUGGAGAUGGCUCAAAGAACGUCACGCGAAUGUCUCCAGGUUUUUUGUGACGCUAUUGUAGAGACGUAUGAGCAAGAAUAUCUGCGUAGACCAACAACGCAUGAUAUUUUGCGGUUAUACGAAGCACAUGAGGAGAGACAUCACAUGCCCGAUAUGUUAGGUAGCCUAGAUUGUACACAUUUCAACAAUAUCAACGUUCUACAGCAGUCUCCAUUGUUCCUCCCCGAGCGCAUGGGCACGACGCCUAACUGCCCAUUCAUUGUGAAUGAUCACACGUACCGACGUGGCUAUUAUCUAGUGGAUGACAUAUAUCUAACAUGGUCUACUUUUGUUAAAGCGUACAAGUAUCCAACCGAUCCGAAAGAGAAAAAGUUCAAGCGGCUACAGGAGUAUGUUGAACGUGCCUUCAAUGUUCUCAAGUAG